ACCACGCUAUAGCAGGGAACUAGGCAGGCCAACUUGCAGAGUGCAGCUCAGCCUCGACAGCGGCUGCUUCCCACUGGGGGUCUUCGGAGAGCAUCGCACUCCCAUGUGCGCUGCCGUGCCCGUUGGAUGUUGAAAUCGCGCCGUGCGCCUCGCCAGGAGCCACCAUGUCCAACCCAACCCACGACCCGUUCUACUCGUCUCCUUUCGGACCCUUCUACAGGAGACACUCGCCCUACGUGGUCCAGCCCGAGUAUCGGAUCUACGAGAUGAACAAGCGGCUGCAGGCGCGCACAGAGGAAAGUGACAGUUUGUGGUGGGACGCCUUUGCUACAGAGUUCUUUGAGGAGGACGCCACUCUCACACUCUCCUUCUGCCUCGAAGAUGGACCAAAGAGAUAUACGAUCGGCCGGACGUUGAUCCCCCGUUAUUUCAGCACGGUGUUUGAGGGAGGGGUCACCGAGCUCCACUACAUCCUCAAACACUCCAAGGAGUCCUUCCACAACUCCUGCAUCACCCUGGACUGUGAUCAGUGCACCAUGGUCACCCAGCACGGGAAGCCAAUGUUUACAAAGGUUUGUACAGAGGGUCGUUUGAUACUGGAGUUUGCCUUUGAUGAUCUGAUGAGGAUCAAGACGUGGCACUUUACCAUCCGGCAGUACCGAGAGCUCAUCCCUCGCAGCAUCCUGGCCAUGCACGCACAAGACCCUCAGGUGCUGGAACAACUGUCCAAAAACAUCACUCGCAUGGGCUUGACCAACUUCACCCUCAACUACCUCAGGUUGUGUGUCAUCCUGGAGCCCAUGCAGGAGCUCAUGUCAAGGCACAAGACCUACAACCUCAGCCCGCGGGACUGUCUCAAGACAUGCCUAUUCCAAAAAUGGCAGAGAAUGGUAGCCCCACCAGCUGGACACCCACAGAACUUCAAAACGGAAAUAUUUCCCACAAAUCACAAAAAAGCUGGUCGUGCCAAAGCUGAGCCUGCCCGACAGACCACCACGAAGAGGAGGAAACGGAAGAACUCGGCCAGCAGCGCCAACAGCAGCGUGGGCACCACCGCAGGCAAGAAACGCAGCCCCGCCACCAACUUCAGCCUCUCCAGUCAGGUACCUGACGUGAUGGUGGUGGGCGAGCCGACCCUGAUGGGCGGCGAGUUCGGGGACGAGGAUGAGCGUCUGAUCACUCGCCUGGAGAACACGCAGUACGACGCCACCAACGGCCUGGACGACGAGGACGACUUCAACAGCUCCCCGGCUCUGGGCAACAACGCCCCCUGGAGCAGCAAACCCCCCGCCGCUCAGGACAGCAAGCCCGAGAGCACAGCGCCCCAGCCCUCACAGUAAAACAAAAGAAGAAGAAGAAAACAACAGAUUCUUGGCUCCAUGUGGACUGGACUUUUUAACCUCCCCCCUUCCCCUGAUGGCAGUGCUUCUACGCCUCAUAACAUUGUACUGAAUCAGAACCCCCUCGUCUGCAAACUCACCACUGGCACGUCCAGCCAUAAUAUGUCCUUUCUGGAUAUUUUCUUCUUCUCUGACUCACUGUAACAUCUUGGAGAACACUGAGAACUGGCAGCAUUGCACAGCAAUAUCCACCAGUCAGAGACAACAAAUGCAUACAAGUCGUAUGCAACUGUAAUGUAAAAAUAGCAAAGCGUCUGCAUUUUUUUUUAAGAAUGCAGUGGAAAAUUGCAGAUCAAAUUCUCCUCCUCGGACUCCUCGUCUAGUGGAAUACUACAGCUGUGAUUGGUUGACCUGUGGGUCGCAAGUCAUCAUGCUGACAGUAGACAGUGGGGAGAAAAGAAGAAGAAUAAAAAUAACAAACAAAAUGUCUAAAAAAAAAAAAGCAAACUCAUCGUGGAGAAGGCAAGUUGUUUUUUAGCAGCCAACAGAGCCAAUGGAAGCGUCUAACCACAUUGGAGACAAAUGAAACGUUGUUUUAGGGCAAUUACAUUUUUAUUGGAAAUUCAGUUGGCUGUUGGUUUGUUUCUGCUGUUGCUGUUUAUUUCCAUUUUCAAUUGAGAGGAAAUAAAAGUUCUCUACUGCUAUGGAUUCCUUUCAAACGAGGGAAAAUCGUGUCCUAGGAUUGUUUUUCCACUUUACUGCGGUCGUCACAGAUUGUGAUUUCAUGCAAACCAGUUUGAUUGUGUUCGUAGUCUAUUGGUAUUUUGCUUCUCUCGGAAUCCUUUGCAAUCACAUUGUAAUUUCGCCGAUCAGUAUGUGAACUUUGCCGACUCGCAUUGAUGCAUCAGUGUUGAUUUUUAUUUUCUUUUUCCCUCCUCGAAAAUUGGACUUCUUUCCCUUUAACGACCUACUCCCAAACUGAUACUAAAGCCUUUUCCUGCAUGAUUUUAUAGGAUUUUUAUUUUGUUUGAUAUAUGUACUUUUUAAAACACAUCAGUCUGAUUUUUCCUUUUGGGUUCAUCAGUUUGGGAACACUGUUACAAGGUUUGUAGCUCUGUAAAUAGAGGUGGAAUCUAUUUUGUCCACUGUAAAUUAGCCACUGAAACCAGUUUGGAUAUGGCAGCUGUUUUGUUUUUGUACAGGCGGUUCAGAUUUCUGUUGGGUGGUUUGGAUGGACGCUGGUUUGCCUCUAACUCUCUUAAUGUUCCCUGUCCUCUUUAGCUAGUGCAGAACCAAAGCCACAAAGUUAACAGUCACAUAAUCAUAUAUCUUGUAUAUUCUUGGACAUAGGAAGAAAACAAUUUUACAUUCUAAAAACCGCACAGACAAAAUCCUGUCCACCCCACAGAAAUGUUUUGAGAUCCCUGUAUUUGUGUUCACAAUUGUUCUUUAAUCUUUAAUUGAAUUGAUAUUAUAUCCCUGAUCUCUUUUGUUGGACUUUUGUUUGAAAAUGGGCAAGAAGACAAUGACAGAUGUCUUUAUACAAUUGGAUCUUAUGGGUAUUUAUUUGUGCAUUUGUAAGGAAGCUAACACAUUUCUAAAUAUGUUUGAGCCUAGUAUUAUUAGACACCAUUUGUACAUUAUAUAGCAGAGGUGUUCAGUGUCAUAUCUGAUGUCUGGUAUGUAUGCUUUACCAUUAUGUGUGCCAAUAAACCGUGCUUACAAAGGA